AUGUCCUAUUCGUAUCUUUUUAAGUACAUUAUUAUCGGAGACACCGGUGUUGGUAAGUCUUGUCUUCUGCUUCAGUUCACUGACAAGAGAUUCCAGCCGGUCCAUGAUCUGACUAUUGGCGUGGAGUUUGGAGCUAGAAUGAUUAACAUUGGCGAGAAUCAGAUUAAACUUCAAAUCUGGGAUACGGCUGGUCAGGAGUCGUUCCGUUCUAUUACUCGCUCGUAUUAUCGUGGAGCUGCUGGCGCGCUUUUGGUGUACGAUAUCACCCGACGAGAGACAUUUACACAGCUGACGAAGUGGCUUACUGAAGCUCGUGAGAACGGUUCGUCGAACAUGGUGAUUAUGCUGAUCGGAAAUAAGUCUGACUUAAAUCACCGUCGUACCGUGUCUACAGAGGAGGGAGAGAAGUUCGCGGAGGAGAACGGUCUGAUCUUCUUGGAGACCUCAGCCAAGACAGCCGCGAACGUCGAAGAAGCGUUCGUGAAGACGGCUGAGAAGAUCUAUCACAACAUCGAGACCGGUGUGAUCGAUGUGAGCAAUGAGUCGAACGGAGUGAAAGUGGGACAGAGUGAUGCGGUGAAGGGACUGCAGGCACCCAAUGCUGGUGCGGGUCAGGCUCAGGGAGGUUGCUGCUAAGAGCGUGUGAUGAUUAGUAUCUUAU